UUGACCGGCCACCAACCCACCGCCAACGCGAGCUCUGCCUAUACAGUCAUUUUCGACGCCAGUUCCACCGAAGCCCUGCCGUUACAGUCGCUUCAUCACCAGGUCUAUGGUGGACGCCGUCGGGAUGGACACCGCUGGGGUCGCGGAAUCCGACUUCUAUCCGCCGACGCAGUCGAUAUGGACUCGGGAGUCUCAAGGCGUCCACCGAGGAGCCGCCGCAGAACGAGCUCUGCAGAUCCACUGUUUGCGAAGUCCGGCUUCGACUCCGUCACUAAUCUCGCCACAGCGUCCAGCGGCGAAAGGCUCCAUCAUAUUCCAGUGUGGUGGCCGCCGAGAACUCUGAUAUCAGACGCAGUGAGUUUGGGCGGAGAAGACAAGCGGUUUGGUGUGGUGGAGGGGUUAAUUGAUUUUGGGGCUUUUCACAUGAAAAUUAGAUAA